AUGAGCGCGGCGUUGCUCCGGAGUCGUUCGGACGGGCCCGCGCUGCGGUCAAUUGGACUGCUGUCGGCUCGAUUGAGCAGCUCGAGAGUUUCACUGAAUAGCAGAUUCCCUAUUGCACGUUCUCUCAAUACCGUUGCUCGACGCCCCGUACCCCGUCAUGUUUCCAGCCCGGCCCUGCAAGCGUCAAUCGCGAUCCGAUUCAAGUCCGAUGUCGCGCCUGGAAAAGUGGCACCUUUGAAGCAGUCUCGUAUUAUGAAGGUAAUUGGCAAGACCUUCUCAUACUGCGGUGUUCUUUUCGCUGGUGCGACUAUCUGGGUUAUUGGGUUCUUCAUCUAUGAUGCUAGUACCUACCGUGAAACGCCAAGUGCAGAGGAUAUCCCUGUUUCGGAAUUGGCGUUGAACCCACGACACGGCGGCCCAAAGAAUUUGCCAAUCGCUGAUUUUCUUGUCGGAGAUUAUGACUCUGAGUCCAUGCUCCAGCAGAAGGACAAGCCUCGUUUGGUGAUCUUGGGUACGGGCUGGGGUAGUAUUGCCUUGCUUAAGAACCUGAACCCUGGUGACUAUCAUAUCACAGUCGUUUCGCCUACAAACUAUUUCCUUUUUACUCCCAUGCUUCCUUCUGCUACAGUUGGUACCUUGGGUCUCCGUUCGCUUGUGGAACCAGUUCGACGAAUCAUUGACCGUGUCAACGGUCAUUUCUUGAAGGCUGAAGCUACGGAUGUUGACUUCUCCGAGAAGCUGGUUGAGGUUUCGCAAACUGAUAAGGAUGGAAACAAGAGAAACUUCUACUUGCCCUAUGACAAGCUCGUUGUUGGUGUUGGUUGUGUGACGAAUCCUCAUGGAGUUAAAGGUCUUGAAAACUGCAAUUUCCUGAAGACGAUCGACGAUGCUCGCCAGAUCAAGAAUCAGGUUCUGAACAACAUGGAAAUGGCCUGUCUACCAACUACCUCCGACGAAGAGCGCAGGCGUCUGCUGUCGUUUGUGGUAUGUGGUGGUGGCCCAACCGGUGUUGAGUUUGCUGCCGAACUCUUCGAUCUGCUCAAUGAAGAUCUCCUGCAUUCAUUCCCUAAGAUCAUUCGCAAUGAGAUUUCAGUGCAUAUUAUUCAAAGCCGAACUCACAUCCUUAAUACCUAUGAUGAGGCCCUUUCCCGAUAUGCCGAGGGUCGCUUCUCCCGUGAUGGGGUUGAGGUGCUUACCGGUGCUCGUGUUAAGGAGGUCAGGAAUGACCGCGUCCUUUUCAGUCAGAUGGAAGAUGGCAAAGAAGUCAUCAAGGAGAUUCCCACAGGAUUCUGCCUGUGGUCUACUGGUGUUUCCCGUGCUAAGAUCUGCGAAACCCUGUCCAGCCGUCUUGACGGACAGAAUAACAAGCACGCUCUCGAGACCGAUUCCCACCUUCGCGUGAUUGGUGCACCCCUUGGUGACGUCUACGCCAUCGGUGACUGCUCCACCGUUCAGAACAACGUUGCUGAAAACAUCAUUCGAUUCCUUCGCACCGUCGCCUGGGAGAAGGGCCGCGAUCCGGAGAAGGUCCAUCUUACUUUCUCCGAGUGGCGCGAUGUCGCCAACAGAGUCAAGAAGCGCUUCCCGCAAGCCUCGAAUCAUCUUCGCCGUCUCGACCGCCUCUUUGAACAAUACGACAUUGAUCACUCCGGUACCCUCGACUACGGCGAGCUCUCCGAGCUUCUUCAUCAGAUUGACACGAAGCUCACCUCUUUGCCCGCCACUGCUCAGCGUGCCAACCAGCAGGGCGUGUACCUGGGUCGCAAGUUGAGCAAGAUUGCUUCCGCUCUCCCGGGUCUCAGGGCUAACGAGAUUGACUAUGGUGACCUUGACGAAGCUGUCUAUCGUGCUUUCAAAUACAAGCAUCUGGGCAGCCUUGCGUACAUCAGCAACGCCGCCAUCUUCGACUUCGGUGGAUUGAGCUUCAGCGGUGGUGUCGUCGCUAUGUAUCUCUGGCGUAGUAUUUACUUCGCUGAGAGUGUCAGCUUCCGCACCCGGUGCAUGCUGGCCAUGGAUUGGGCUAAGCGUGCUCUCUUCGGAAGAGAUCUGAUGAGCUUCUAA